AUGAGCACCAUCAACCCAGCAGCAGCCGCAGCGGCAACUUCAAUCGAGCCUCCUGCCGCCCUCAAAGGCUUCCGCGCAAUCAAGGACAUGUUCAAAGAAGAACACCCCAGGGCCCGAAAGUCCAUAUCACAACAACCUCAUCCCGUAGCCUGGAAAUUCUACCAAGUGAAGCUCGGCAGGGCGGCAACAGUUUACACUGCGGGUGUUGUGCUGUUCUUUGGGUGGCCGUUCGCUGUGAAGGCUUUGAUCAACCUGAAUAAUGGGGUGUAUGACAAGCCGACGAAGGGGAGUCGGAGGUAG